UUCAACUUCUUUCUCAUCAUCACCUCAUUUUGUGAACAAUCCUAGCUAGCUAGUAAUUAGUCAUGAUGGCUUUUUGCAUGAUCAAAAGCCUUUGCAUGGCUUUGCUUAUUCUAUCUAUAUGGACUUCUUACGCCUCGGCUUCUCGAGAGCUUGGCGAGAUGUCGGUGUUAGAGAGGCACGAGAAGUGGAUGGCUCAGUACGGCCGUGCGUACAAAGAUGCUGCAGAGAAAAGGCAGCGAUUUGAGAUAUUUAAAUCCAAUUUUGAGUUGAUUCAAACGUUCAACGCAGAAACCCACAAGUUCAAGCUUGGGUUAAACCAAUUUGCUGAUCUGACCAAUGAUGAAUUCAAGGCCAUGUAUCAUGGCUUCAAGCGGAAGUCGGGUGCGGCGAUGAGCACAACAAAGCGGUUCAAGUAUGAAAAUGUUACUGCAGUACAGCCUGUGAGCAUGGAUUGGAGGACUAAAGGUGCGGUUACUCCUGUCAAGGAUCAAGGACAAUGCGGAUGUUGCUGGGCAUUCUCCGCAGUAGCUGCGACCGAGGGAAUCACGAAGCUCUCCACCGGUAAGCUAAUCUCCUUAUCAGAGCAAGAGCUUGUGGAUUGCGAUGUGAAUGGCGAGGACCAAGGAUGCGACGGCGGGCUAAUGGACUCGGCUUUCGACUUCAUCGUCAAGAACCGGGGUCUAACCACGGAAGCCAACUACCCCUACAAGGGGGCAGAUGGUGCGUGCAACACCGGGAAGGCUGGCUCGGCCGCCGCCUCGAUCUCAGGCUACGAAGAUGUGCCUGCAAACGACGAGGCCGCUCUUCUCAAGGCCGUGGCCAACCAACCGGUGUCGGUGGCCAUAGACGCCGGCGGGAAUGCCUUCCAGCUGUACAAGGAAGGCGUGUUUACCGGCUACUGUGGGACCGAUCUGGACCACGGGGUCACUGCAGUGGGAUAUGGCGUGGCGAGUGACGGGACCAAAUAUUGGCUGAUUAAGAAUUCGUGGGGCUCCUCGUGGGGUGAGAGCGGAUACAUAAGGAUGGAAAGAGAUGUGAAUUCUGAGGAAGGGCUCUGCGGUAUUGCCAUGCAGGCUUCCUAUCCUACUGCUUGAGCAAAAAUGGAAUAUAUUUACACACACGACGUGUACAAAUUAAUAAGAGCAAACAAUUAAUGUGUGCAUAUUAUAUAUAUAUAUAUAUAUAUAUAUAUAUCGGUUUAAGGCUCAUGGGGGUAGUACUAAUUAAGUCAUUACGAACUUUCUAUGUAUAAGAUGUUACUAUGAAGUACCUCUAAAUUAAUGUGUGAAAUAUGUAAGUUAUUUA